UGCACGUUUGUAGGAAUGGCCAUAGAGAAGCGAACGAAAUGGUUGGUUCGUAUGGUGGUCUUUCAACGGCUUUUGUUCUCGAUUGCCGCAAGGCGUUCGUGCGCCGUCUGGCCGGGCAACCGGAUGCAAGAGGCCGAGAUGAGGCAUAUGGUCGGUUUCGGGGGAGCUCGCGCGUCCCUUUUCGCCUAUAGGCAUUCCAGCAGAAAGGCAGAGGCCCUUGUUCUGGUCCGGCUACGUGACCCUUUGAAGAAAAGACCAAUCUAUUCGAACGCGCUAGGCUGGAGUCAUAAACAAGAAAAAAAACAGCAACAUGUGCUGCGAACGAGGAGUACCGAGCGCCGUAGAGUCCCCUGUCCGGACCCAUAUGGGUGACAACACCCGCUAAAAAAACAAAAUAAAUAAAUACAUAAACAAAAUGACACGUGCAAACGAUUUGCCGCAUGGAUGGUUUGUCGAGAACAACGAGAGGGAGAUUGUGGCACAGUGAUGGACAUAGCAAAUUGCAAGCGCGUGUCGUCUGCUAGGAAAGUGUCGUCUGUUAGGAAAGUGUCGUUUGUUAGGAAAACAAGUUGUGGGGCUCGCGCGCCGUCCGCGCGCCGCAUUUGCUACGAAGUUGUUGUCCUGUCAACAAGCUCACGUCGCACUCACGUACGCUCUCCUCCGAAGAGAAUGCACCGCAACGCAAGACGGCACCUCGUUUUACUGAAGACGAGAAGAGCCUACUGACCGCACUUGUCAAUGACUGCAAGCAUAUUGUAGAAUGUAAAAAAACUGAUGUCGCAUCAUUGGCAAAGAAGAACGAAACAUGGAAAGAAAUAGCUAAACAGUAUAAUGCGAACCACGGGAUUACGCGGCGUGACCACCUCCAACUGAAGAAAUGUUGGAACAAUCUCAAGCAAAAGUGGAAAGAGGAAGCUGCAAAAGAAAAGCGAGAGCGCCACAAAACUGGAGGUGGACCGGCACCUUCGACCAUGGCCCCCAUCCACCAGUUGGUGGGAUCGAUUGCUGGCCACAUAGCAACGUGGGUAGAUAACCCUUUAGAUUCAGAUGGGACCCAAUACCAGCCUCCCGUCGAAAGUCUACCUGUGGUGAGGCUACUCCAACCAAUGGUGGAUGGGCAAAAUGAGCUGGACUUUGACUUUCAAGAUGAUCAGUGGGAUGCCGCGAGCCUUGCUGAGCAGUCACAGCCACCAGCAGCUACUGAAGCAAAUGAGGACAACACCUCCUCUUCGAUCGUGCAGCCCAACACCGAGCAAAACGCUCCUGCAGCAGGCCACACCGACAGCUCCAAUGCUUUUGGAGCUGCUGUUAGCUGCAGUUUUGCUGCAGCAACUGCCACUGGGGACGUCUGCAGGACUCCAAGGGGGCGGUUGGCCCUUUUGGAAAAGACGUUGAACGCUGAAAACGACGUCCGUUCAGAGCUCCCGAGGGAGGAGCAUGCUGUCCGUGUGCGGCUGCUUCAGGAGAACCACGCCGCCACGCUGCAAGAACGAGCAGAAAAGAGGGCAUUUGAAAAACAAGUAGAAGAGCUUGAGCUUACGAAGCAAAAAAAUGAGCUGGAGAAACAAAAGCUGGCCAUAGAGAUUCUUCAAAUAGAAAAAGAAAUUAAAAACGAACAGCUCCGCAGGCUGCGGUGUACUGAGACACAUGAAAAAUAAAAGAAUCUGUCAGCAAAAAUGUGAUGUGCUGAAACCACGCAACAGUACGUUUGGAUGCGUCCAUUGUUCAAAAGUGCAUGGCCGGGUGUAGCAGUCCUGAGAAGCUUUUGCAUGCCUG